AUGAAGCUAUUAAUUCCGCGAUGUGAUACUUCACCAAAGCCAAUCCUCAAUCCGCUUUACAAUCUACUUCCCCAGACUCAAAACCCUAAUCGAAUCGUCAAUGUCAUCUGUUCAACUCUCAAUCAGCGUGAUUUCGUCUUAUCUAACCUUCAGGGCGAGGUAAAAUCGCUGAUUCCUCAUUUGGGCGACCGCGAGAUUUCUAGGGUUUUGCUAAGGUUUCAAUCAGAUGCUUCUCGAGCUCUCGCGUUCUUCACUUGGGUGAAAUUCGAUUUGGGUAAGAGACCAAAUGUUGGUAACUACUGUUUGUUGCUACACGUCCUUGCUUGGUCAAAAAAGUUUCCUUUGGCUAUGCAAUUCCUCUGUGAAAUGAUUGAGUUAGUCACGGAAUCGCCAUCUAAGAAAGAUGAAGAUGAAGAAGAUGUAUUCAAUGUUUUAGUUUCCUCUACUGAUGAAUGCAAUUGGGAUCCCGUUGUUUUCGAUAUGCUCGUCAAGGGUUACCUGAAAUUAGGUUUGGUGGAAGAAGGCUUCUCUGCGUUUCGAAAAGUGAUUGAUUCAGGUUUUCGAGUCAGUGUCGUCACUUGUAAUCAUCUCUUGAAUGGUUUGCUGAAACUUGAUCUGAUGGAGGAUUGUUGGCAAGUGUACCGCGUGAUGUGCAGAGUCGGGAUCCAUCCCAACACGCACACCUUCAACAUUCUUACCAACGUCUUCUGCAACGACUCGAAUUUCCAUCAAGUUGAUGACUUUUUGGAGAAGAUGGAAGAAGAAGGCUUUGAGCCUGAUUUGGUUACUUACAACACGUUAGUGAGUAGUUACUGCAGGAGAGGAAAGUUGAAAGAAGCGUUUUAUCUUUACAAGAUCAUGUAUCGGCGUCGCGUUGUGCCUGAUUUGGUUACCUACACAUCGCUUAUCAAAGGUCUUUGUAAAGAAGGGAGAGUCAGAGAAGCUCACCAGACUUUCCACAGGAUGAAAGACAGAGGAGUCACUCCUGAUUGUAUCUCCUACAACACUCUUAUCUAUGCUUAUUGCAAAGAAGGAACGAUGGAACAAUCGAAGAAGCUGUUACACGAGAUGCUUGGGAAUAGCGUUGUUCCGGAUAGGUUUACAGUUAAGAUUAUAGUUGAAGGGUUUGUGAGAGAAAGACGGUUACUCGCAGCUGUAAACUUUGUUGUGGAGCUUACGAGGUUAAAGGUUAAAACUCCAUUUGAAGUUUGCAGCUUUCUGAUAGAAAGUUUAUGCCGGGAAGGGAAACCAUUUGCAGCAAAGCAUCUGUUGGAAAGAGUCAGCGAAGAGGAAGGUCACGAGGCUAAACCAGAGACUUACAGUAACUUAAUCGAGUCUUUGUCACGUUGCGAUGCUAUCGAAGAGGCGUUGCUUCUCAAAGAGAAACUCGCUAGCCAGAAUCAAGUUCUUGAUGGCAAGACAUACCAAGCUCUUAUCGUCUGCUUGUGUAGGAUUGGUAGGAACCGUGAAGCAGAGUCUUUGAUGUUGGAAAUGAUUGGUUGUGAAGUGAAACCGGAUUCUUGUAUAUGCGAGGCUCUUGUUAAUGGAUACUGCAAGGAAUCGGAUUUCGCUAAAGCUGAGAGUUUAUUGAGUUUCUUUGCUAUGGAGUUUAGAAUAUUCGACAUAGAGAGUUACAAUUCGCUUGUUAAAGCGAUCUGUGAUACGGGAAGUGGAUAUGAGAAGGUGUUAGAGCUUCAGGAAAGGUUGCAGAGAGUUGGGUUCGUUCCAAACAGCUUAAGUUGUAAGUACAUGAUCCAAGGCUUGAAACCAACGAGACGGUUUGAUGUAAGAGACUUAAACCGGUGGUUUUGUAAUAAGACGAAAUCAGAAUAUCCAAAAUUUCUGAUCACAGCUUCAAAAGAUAAGGGCUUAUAACAGUUGAAGAUGCGAGAGAGGGAGGGAGAGGGAGAGAGAGAGAGAGAGCUAAAAGCCAACUAUGAGAGAUGAUACAAGCAAAUGUGUAUUCAUGUUCAAAGCACAGAUUUUUGAAUCGGCGGAGAUUUUUGCGCCGACUUAGUUUUGUUCAAAAGCGAUCUUCGUCUCCGUUGUAUGAUUCUUGGAGUUUAGAUGGCAAAUGUUUCAUCACUGAUUGAUUCUAUAGCCUCUUGCGUCUCCAUUUUCAAAUGUCGUUUGCUUCAUUGUAGAGCAGUGAAGACUGUGAGCUACCGCCAUGGAUUCAUUGGGGACCAGCUUGUUGGAUGUUACUUGAGACUCGGUCAUGAAUUUUGCGCAGAGAAGCUGUUCGACGAAAUGCCUGACAGAGAUUUAGUCUCCUGGAACUCUUUGAUUUCUGGGUAUUCAGGGAGAGGGUAUUUGGGAAAAUGUCUUGAGGCUUUAGCUAAGAUGAGAUCCGAGGUGGGUUUUAGUUUUAAACCCAAUGAAGUUACGUUUCUGUCGAUUAUCUCUGCUUGUGUUCAUGGGAGAAGUAGAGAAGAAGGACGUUGCAUUCAUGGGUUGGUGAUGAAAUCAGGUUUUCUUGAGGAAGUGAAAGUUGUGAAUGCUCUUAUCAAUUGGUAUGGAAAGACUGGAGAUUUGAGUUCAUCAUGCAGAUUGUUUGAGGAUUCAAGUGUAAAGAAUCUGGUCUCAUGGAACACGAUGAUUGUGACUCACUCGCAAAAUGGAUUAGCUGAAGAAAGUCUGGGUUACUUCAACAUGAGCAGAAGUGUUGGAAAUAAGCCUGAUCAAGCUGCUUUCUUGGCUGUUCUCCGUGUCUGUGAAUCCAUUGGGUCAGUCAAAUUGGCUCAAGGAGUUCACGGGAUGAUCUUGUUCAGCGGGUUUAACGCGAACAAGUGUAUAACUACGGCUUUAUUAGAUUUGUAUGCAAAACUUGGUAGGUUAGAGGAUUCGUCUACGGUUUUUCUGGAGAUUGCUUCUCCAGAUAGCAUGGCGUGGACAGCAAUGCUUGCUGCUUACGCCACUCAUGGUUAUGGAAGAGACGCAAUAAAGCAUUUUGAGCUCAUGGUUGGCUCUGGUAUUAGUCCUGAUCAUGUGACCUUCACACACUUGUUGAAUGCUUGUAGUCACUCAGGUCUUGUCCAAGAAGGGAAGCGUUAUUUCGAGACAAUGUCGAAAAGAUACAGAAUCGAGCCGAGGUUAGAUCAUUACUCAUGUAUGGUUGACCUCAUGGGUCGAUCAGGGUUUCUUCAGGAAGCUUAUGGGUUGAUCAAAGAUAUGCCAAUGGAACCGAGCUCUGGUGUUUGGGGAGCUUUGCUUGGUGCUUGUAGGGUUUACGGAGAUGUCAAACUCGGUAAAGAAGCUGCAGAGAGAUUGUUUGAGUUAGAGCCUUGUGAUGGUAGAAACUACAUAAUGCUAUCGAACAUCUAUUCAGCUUCUGGUCAAUGGAAAGAUGCUUCGAGAAUAAGGAAUCUGAUGAAACAGAAAGGUCUGGUGAGAGCUUCAGGGUGUAGCUACAUUGAACAUGGUAAUAAGAUUCAUAAGUUUGUUGUUGGAGAUUGGUCUCAUCCUGAAUCAGAGAAGAUACAGAAGAAGCUUAAAGAGAUUAGAAAGAAGAUGAAGAAGGAAUUGGGAUUUAAAUCAAGAACAGAGUUUGUGUUACAUGAUGUGGAUGAAGAUGUGAAAGAGGAGAUGAUCAAUCAACAUAGCGAGAAAAUUGCAAUGGCGUUUGGGAUAUUGGUGAUUAGUCCAAUGGAGCCAAUAAUCAUAAGGAAGAAUCUUAGGAUAUGUGGAGAUUGUCAUGAAACAGCUAAAGCAAUGUCUUUGAUGGAGAAAAGGAGAAUCAUAAUUAGAGAUUCUAAGAGGUUUCAUCAUUUCUCAGAAGGUUCUUGCUCUUGCAGAGAUUAUUGGUAGUUUCUCAGUUUCUCAUCCUUUUUUUAACUGUAUAUGAAGAAUUGGCUAAUUGCAUACACAUUAUAAACCUCCAUUAUAUUAGAACUAAAAAA